GUCGCUUUAGGAUCGAAAACUUUAUUAACUAUUGGUUUUGUAUCUGCGGAUAUUUUAUACGCGUGGUCUAGGAAUCUUUAUAAUGAAUAUCUCCUGUAUAAAACAGUUGAAAACGGCAAUGUGCCCAGUCUUGGUGUUAGAGAAGACUUGAUCGUGCCUCGAUCGCAAGCAGUAGAGAGUCUUGUAAAGAUUUUUCAGCCAAAUUAUUAUCAUAAAAAUUAUCAUGUUAUUGCUGGCGAGCCUGGCACUGGAAAAACAACGUUGAGCAGAAUUGCUGCAAGGAAAGCCGGGCGAGGGGUUAUAUACGUUGAUGUCAGGGUGGAUUUAAAUAAUUUGGAUGAUUUGGGCUACGAUCUUGGUAAAGCUAUUAAUUUCAAGGAAUGUAUUUCUUUAACAGGACAAUUAAUGCGGAACAUUAUGGGCUCGGAUAGUACUCAGUUUGAAAAUUCUAAAUGGGGAAUGCUUUGGAUGCUUUUAAGCGUGCUGCUGCUGCAAAUUAUUGAUAUUCUUCAAGAAUAUGCUAAAGAAAGUGCUGAUAUGUUAGAAUUUGUAGUAGUGUUUGUCACUAACGAAGGAUCGGUCCCGGAGAGGAUGAGAGAACGCAGCGCCUGGUCGCGAGCAAGUAAACCAGUAGUGGAAAUCGGAGAUGUUACUGAAUAUAAAGCUAUAGAUUUUCUAGUUAAUAGGCGCAAACUGCAUUAUGCAGCUAAAGAUAUUCAAAAUAAAUUAUCCUUUGAAGAUAUCAAACAAAACAUCUUUACAGGAAUCAACAUGCAGUUUCGUGCAGCAAAAAUUAACCCAGGAAAACCAAAUCACGAAAAAGCAAAGCCACUCUUAAAAGCUUUGUUGGAGAAUAAUGAUAAGGGAUUAAGUAUAACAUACUUCAAAAAAUGGUUAAAGACGAUACAUUGUUGGAUAAGCUGA